AUGAAUUCUGGUCAAUCAGAUGUGCCAAUUGCUUCUAACCAGCCAGGAACAAAUUUAGGUUGGAAUAGUACUCAACAGACAGCAGUUCCUGGGUCUGAAGAGGUAUGGGACGAAGCAAAACUCGAGCAGGCGAUGAAAACAUUGAAGGAAAUGCACAUUCAAUGUCGCAAUCUACGAUCCACAAUUCCAAGACUGCUUACCCCUUUGGCAACCAAGCAACAGUCACCCGAACAGCUCUUUUCGUCCUUUCAGCAAGCCGCGACCACUUCAAAUAAAGAAGUACGAGAAUUCAUACGUCUGAUGAACGACGAGGAAAGUGUCAAGCUCUUUGAGCAUGCGAAAGAGAGUCGAGCCGAGAAUCCACAUGGGAUAAAACCCUGGAGAGUCACACAACAUCCUGAUUGGCUUGAUAGGGAUACAUGA